AUGUUCAACGCUCAGCACGCUUCGGCGCCGUCUUUAUUGACGACCCCAACGUUUCUUCAAUCGAGGGCUUCCACUCUGGCACCAAGCGACUCGAGCUACGAUGAUAUUAUGGAAAAGGGACUAACCAGCUCGAGCUCCGCGCCAUCUCUGCAGAACAUUCAUACCCAUAUCACUUCACUGAGGUCAAAAUCAGGCGCGGCAUUACCUUUGCAAACCUCCAUCAUUAGACCAGGAAAGACAUUGACCGUGGAGGACGCGGAAUAUCCAGGAGGAAUGAAGCUGGCAUUGAUCGUAGCUGCAGCCUGUUUCAGUGUUUUCCUGAUGGCCCUUGACAACUGUAUUAUUGCAACAGCCAUUCCCCGCAUCACGGACGAGUUUAACAGUCUCAACGAUGUCGGCUGGUACGGUAGUGCCUACCUGCUUACCACUGCAUCGAUUCAGCUGCUAUUUGGUAAACUGUACAGCUUUUAUAGUAUCAAACGGAUCUACCUCAUCGCUAUCGGUGUCUUCGAACUAGGCAGUCUGGUCUGUGGCGUUGCGCCCAAUAGUAUUACCCUCAUCCUUGGCCGUGCUGUCGCGGGACUUGGUUCGGCAGGUAUCUAUGCUGGAGCUCUCAUCAUCCUCGCCCACAGCGUUCCGCUUGAGAAACGGCCCAUCUAUACUGGUAUUGUCAGCAGCAUGUGGGGGAUUUCUUCCGUCAUUGGCCCGCUGCUUGGUGGGUUCUUCACCGACAACCUGACCUGGCGGUGGUGCUUCUACAUCAACCUCCCUGUUGGAGCAGCAACGGUCCUCAUCAUCAUACUAUUCUUCCCGGAUCCCGUACGUACUAUCCCUCAGGAGACUUGGCGUACUCGUCUCGUCCAAAUGGACCCUCUCGGCAACCUCCUUUUUAUGCCGUCAGUUGUAUGCCUUCUUUUGGCCCUUCAUUGGGGCGGCAUUGUGUGCCCCUGGUCCUCCGCUCGUAUCGUUGCUUUGCUCCUAGCGUUCUGUAUAGGGAUGCUAGCGUUCCUCUACCUGCAAUACCGUGGCCAGGAGAACGCCACGAUACCACCCCGUAUCUUCAAGAAGCGCACUGUCUGGUCUUCCUCGCUCUUCUCUUUCAACUUGGGCGCUGCAUUUCUGUUAUCAGUUUAUUAUCUGCCCAUCUGGUUUCAGUCCGUCCAGGGCGUCUCUGCCGUCAAUUCGGGAGUCAGAAAUCUGCCUAUGCUAGUCGGCAACCUCAUUUUCUCCCUUGUUGCCGGCUCUGCUGUUACACUCUGGGGGUACUAUACACCCUUCAUGCUACUGAGUUCUAUCUUCAUGAGUAUCGGUUACGGACUCAUAACCACAUUCAGCCCCGAAACGCCAUCUGUAAUGUGGAUCGGCUACCAGAUUAUUGCCGGUGUCGGAGUGGGAGUCGGCAUGCAGCAACCCCUCAUCGCGGUUCAAGUUGUGCUAGACAUGGCGGAUGUCGCAACAGGAACGGCCAUCGUUAUCUUCACCCAGCAGAUCGGUGGUGCCAUUUUCGUCGCCAUCGGGCAGACGGUAUUCAUCAACAAGGUGGUCGAGCGUCUGCCACUGCACAUUCCCGCUCUUGACCCGCACUCGGUCGUUGCUACUGGUGUCACAGCUAUCCGCAAGACAGUGGAUGCGGAGCUUCUUCCCGCCAUUGCACAUGCCUACAGUGACGCGUUGGUACAAGCAUUUCUUGUCAGUACCGUGGCAGCUUCUGCUACUGUUGUGGGUGCGGGGUUUGUUGAGUGGAAGAGCGUCAAGGGAAAGACUGUUCAGGUGAACAUGGGGUAA